CGGCUGACUCAAUGCCUUGAUUGGAUUUCGCCCGCGGGUGCCGUCAAGUGUUUGAGAACCGGUUUUUCGAAAUUAUGUCAAAAAUUAAUGUCAAGGCAGACAUCCGUCGUCCCGAACGACGCACUCUUGAAAUGAAAUUCUUACUUUUUUGUGUUUUUUAUUUGUCGACCGCCGCCGCCGCUCUUCGGUUGCGAAGAGCAGCGUAUGAUUUGCCGCCAAACGCUCAGGACAUCACAGGAUUGUCGACAAUUCGAAAGACAUUUAAAUGUGAAAAAGACGGCUAUUUUGCGGACACAGACAACGAAUGCAAACUGUUCCACAUCUGCGCGACGCCUUCCGGACAAAAGUCAACUCCAAAUCAAGAAACAAUGUUUUGUCCGAAAGAACAACGUUUCGAUCAAUCGAAGCAGAAGUGCGUCGUUUCGGACGACGCCAUUCCUUGUUCCGCUUCCAAAGAGUUCUUCUAUUUGAAUGACAGAAUCGGAACAACUAAUUCCGCAUUUCUCGGACCACAAGAACGCGAUAUGGCGGCCGCCGCCCGUCCCGACUACCGCGCGCGCGCCAAACUCGUAAAAAGCAAUAAAAGCCGAAAUCCUUGA